GACUGCUCAAGCUCGAGCUUGCAGCCACGGCAACGCCUGGCCACAGCAGCAAUUAUCGGGAGGGGUUGUUAUGAGCUGAGCAUGGAGGAGCCAAACAGCUCCGCGACGAGGCCUCAAAGAGAAACACAGGAGGACCGAGCAGCUCCUCCAAGAGGAGCGGCUCUCCUCCGACGCCGCAUACGCAGACCUUGCCCGGUCCGCGCGGGAUAACGACCGGCUCCGGGAGCAGAUCGCCGCCCUGAAGGAAAGCCUUGCAAAAGAAGAGAAUAGCAGAAAGCAACUGGAGGAAGAUCUGAGAUUGCAGAGAGAUCAGACGGCAUUGAUGUUGACGCUGAUCAAAUUGGAGGCAGAGAAGGUGACCAUGGAGAAUCAUUUGCAAGAGGCAGAGGGCAGGGAAGGGAGCAAGGCCAGCCACAUUCGAUCCUUAAAGGAAAGUCUGACCGUGGAAGAGCAGAUGAGACAACAGCUAGAGAUGGUUUUGCAGAAGGUCAAUGACCAGCACAAGGCAGAUGCCAGCCCAACAGGCGAUCACAACACCAACGACCAUGACCAGGCGCAAGACGCGCCCGACGACGUCCUUUACUUCGUUCCCAAGCUGCGACCUGCCGUGGCGGAUGGGGCCGACGAGAUCAGCUACCACGGCGUGAUCAUCGAUGGUGCUUUGGUUUGUUGGGUUUCCUUUCCGGGAAUGUACAAAGCCGGUUGGGAUGGAUUGGUCGAUGGACGACAUGGAGAUAGCGUGGCCUGCGUGUUCUUGUGCGAGCCGAAGGAUGGACUUGGAAAACAUGCCGAUGACACAGAGAAUCCUGGAAAGUGCUUCUGCCACCGCAUCUACGGCAAGAGGAACUUCAGGGACUUCGGUUACCUUCACAACAUCAAGAAGAGAAGGCGAGCUUGCUCCGAAGAUGAGUUGCAGCGGAUCCUUCAGAAGGCAGAAGCCAUGCAUAGUGAUGCCAUCGUCUUCGCGGACGACACUCCGGAGCAGAUUGCCCUGAUGGAGAAGAAAGCUGAAGAACUCUGGAAGGAGCAUGGCGAGAUAGCAGCCUGGGGAUGCGAGUGGUACAGGAUUUGGCUUCAGAAAGUCGAGGAGGCGGUGAGGAAAGGCCAGACAUUGAGGGUGGUGUUUUUCCCCGGCCAGUGCGGCGAGGGUACGGUCAGUAUGGGGGAGCUGCCAAAAGCCGACUUGUGGGACGGCAUCGGUUGUGGUGGCUCGCAGAAGUGUGAGAUAGCCACUCUGAAGGCCCGAGGGUACAAGUACGAGGAGGUGGACGUCGGAGAGUUCCUCACGGGGCAGUUCAAGCGGGGCGAUGAGGCUGAGGCCUUGGAUGGCAGCACGUGGCGCAGGUGUGAGGUCCUCGAUGUGCCCAAGAAAAUGAUCAGCAAAGAAGAUGUGGCCACAUGGCAGGUGGAAUGCAAACUUUCAGGCAGAGUCUUUGACUCUAAGCAUGUGAGAAGCAGCCGAGAUUCAUUGAAGAGCCUCUUGGCCGCAUUUCACAGCAGCCACGACUCCUUGGAGAAGCUCUUUGGCGAAGUGGGCAUCACCAUCGAGAAGGCGCAAGAAUCGGGACCACGCAACGGUGCGCCUGCGCUCAGUGUCAAGGUGGAGAUCAAGAACAUCAAGCAGGCCCACCUUCUCCGUGAUCGCGUUUUGGAAGGAGAGUUGGACAUCCAGCUCAACAAGAUACUGUCAGAAAAAGCUCCCAGUUCCCACACCUGGGAUAUAGGCAUCGAAAAGAAUCAUUUCAUCGAGCUCUAUGAGAGGACCCUUCCGGGACUUUUGGAGUUGACUCCUCACCAAUACCAGAAGCUGCAGGAGUUGGAGAGCGGGAACAGCCAAAACCUCCAUCUCGCGGCUCCUGCGGGUGCCGGUAAGACCUUCGUGGCUUUGAGGUACGUGGUCCGACACCUACGAAGCAGCCGCAGUGGACGCUUGCUCUACGUGGCGCCGAAUCGCGCUCUCCUGUUCCACUUUGUUCAGUGGUUGAUGGCUAGCCUCAAGGCCAAAUCCAUAGAUCCAAGACGCACUCGUAUCUGGGAAAGACUUCUCCUGAAGCAUCAAGGCCAGAAGGCCUUCUGGCGCCCAGUGCUGGAUGGAAGGCAUCUGAAAUUGCAGGAAACUCCAUUGGGAGAGGACGAGUUCUCUUUAGUCGUGGUCGAUGAGGCGCAUCAACUCUUUGCCUCGGGUGACGAGAUGGAUUUGCUCACGUUGCCUCGCAAGAAGCUGCUACUACUGUCCGAUACUUCGCAAUCCACCCACUUGCAUCAUCACUUUCCCACGGCACACUACGUGGAGCUCUCCGAAGUCAUCCGCAGCACUCAGCGGAUCGUUGCUGGGGCCAUGCCCUUCCAACACGCCCAGUCCGCCAGCUCAGUCCAAGGGAUGGGCACCGAAGGGCCACCGUUGAAGUCCUUCCUGUUUGAAGUCGAGUCCGAGAAGACCAUGAUGCAGGACUACGUGAAGCACACCGUGGAUACCAUGUGGCAUGUGCUCCAGACCUUUCCCGGGGUGAGCUUGAGCCGUCGGUUGGCCUUGUUGGUGAAGGACGAGACUUUCCUCCAGGAUUUCAAGCCGCUGAUGGUGCAGAAGAUCCAGGAAGAGCUUCCGGCUCGAAGAUUCGCUUUCGUCUCCUGUGAAGAGUGCUGCAGCUAUUUGCCAUCGCAUUUGGUUCCACAUUCCAGUAGUAGAGACGAAGAGGAGAUCAUUGUGCUGGAUGCCGUCCAGAACUCCAGAGGGCUUGAGCAGUUGAUCGUGGUUUCCAUUGCGCUCGACACCAGUAUUGACGGAAACGCAGACAACGAGACCCGGUCCUACCUCUACACGGGGAUUACCAGAGCCCAGCUUCAGGCCGUGGUGGUGAACCACUUCAUCCCGGACGGCUGGCUGGCAUUCUUAGGCACCUUGAAACUGAAGAACGAGAAAUUUACACAGAGGGCGGCACUGGCCGCCAUCCGGAAAGAUGCCGCCACGUCGGCUGUGGCAGACGCUCCGCGGCCCGCAACAGAAAAACAAGACAAAGAAGCAGCGAAGCAGCAUACUGAGGUUCCUGAUCCUGGCGCAUUGAGACACAAAGCAGGCACCCAACAAGGUGAUGAGAUGUCGGCCGAUAAGAAGGCUGACCAGGAUCUCAAGGACAUGCAAUCAAGGGCAGAUGCAGUGAAGGUUGCUGCCAAGGAGCUGUCCGAGCUGCCGGAGUUGCGGGUGAAAGGCACCAGCGUGUGGGACACGGCCAGCAACGCAAUCAACACCAAAAUCGUUCAGUUGAAGUUCGAUCCUCGGAUUUCUCGGCUGAGCGAGGCGCGAUGUCUCAACUGCCUGGAGGAGAUGUCCUGGAUGGAGCUGCACCCCACUGGAAGGGCUCCGAGCGAAUCUGCAACCCACUGGAAGGGCUCCGAGCGAACGAACGGGGCAUUCGGCGGUCUACGAUUCCCACAGCCACUCCAUGGUUGUGUUUGGGGGUCUGCCUCUGAGAUUCCUUCAUGGAACGACUUGUGGAAACUGGAUUUGAAGGAGAUGUCCUGGAUGGAGCUGCAACCCACUGGAAGGGCUCCGAGCGAACGAUUUGGGCAUUCAGCGGUCUACGAUCCCCACAGCCACUCCAUGGUUGUGUUUGGGGGUUGGGCAUUCGGUGGCAAACCUGAGACUAUGGUGACGUUUGGUGCUUCAGUUUGCAGGGUUGACCAAGGCGGACCAAGGCGUGAUUGUGAUGAGGUGAGGAGCCAGAUCUACAAACUUGCCAGCGGCAAUCCUAAGUGGUGAGUCGAGGAGCGCAUGGGGCGUUCAGCCUUUAUUUGAGAGGGGCUUGUGGUGAGGGGUGAGGCCGGGGACUAUCCCC